UGUCUAUCCACUAUCCUGCCAGGAUACCUUAACAAAUCCGAUUCUGUCCUCCUUACUGAAAGGCAACAGUCCUUACCGAUCGAUGUCUUCGCCACGGAACGAGCGUCACUUCGAUGUCUGAGCACCAUGAAAGGCUGAUGAGUUUAGACCUCCUCAUCGUCUGCUGAACGGAGUGUGUCAAUGGUUUCAGUUUCGCCCUCCCUAUCCCUGUUCGGCCCUGACUGCACCCUCAUCCCCGCAACCUGCUUCGGGUCGUGGGAUCGUGUCUACUCCGUCGACCAUCGCAUGCUCCAAAUUGAUUCCGUCAAACGCAUGAAUCUGAAUUCAUGGCGGCAUGUCCUCGGUCGGUUCUCUAACGUCGAAAUUACUGAGAGCAAGAUCAUACACAUGGUGUUAGCUGCAGAUCACUUCAUCUGGGCGCACAACUUUACUGUGCUUCGUCUAAGGGAUUGUUCGAUUAAACGGGAAGUGCUGUUAGGCAUCAUCAACCAUGCGCUGGCGCUGGAGCAGUUGCGACUCUCGAAUUUACAGGUGGAGACUUCGUCCAACCGGCAGACGGCUAUGGACCGGUAUACAGGGAAUCCAGAUGAUCCAGUCGUGAGGACGAAACUGAGGGUCUUGGAGCUGGUGGGAAUGGAUAGCCUUUCUGGUAUAAGCCCCGUUUUUGCGUUCCUCGCGCCGCAGGAGUCAUUAACCUCUCCGUUUGAAUUGGAUGUGCUCGCUAUCCGGAGUGAGUCGGAAUACAAUGAGCUCAACUUGGCUUUCCCCUUGGAAGUUCUCUGUAAGAAUGAUCGCGCGACAGAGAUGACGCUUGGGGAGAGAGAAAUUCAAAUGAUCCUAGAAAGCAAGGGCUCGAUGCUGCCUCCUAGACCUCUCAGCGUGCGGUACCUUACGCUCGAAGUCAGCACCUUCCAUGGUGUGGAAGCCUUUUUGCUUCAAUGGCUACGUUUCCUGCCUGUUCUCAACAUUGUGAAGAUAGUCGUUCGCGGUUGAGAGGUGUAUAGUUCUUAUUCGACAGUGCAUCCCAUUGCGGAAACUUUGGGGUGGAUGAACAUCAUACCUCUUAGAC